CCAUCUUUUUCAGCCUCAGGCGCCGAGGAGACUCGGCUGACCUGCUGACUGGGAACCAGAAAUGGCAGCUACUCUGGGCAGCGGGGAGCGCUGGACGGAAGCUUACAUUGAUGCAGUUAGAAGAAACAAAUACCCAGAAGACAGACCUCCUGAAAGUCAUGACCCCUGUGGUUGCUGUAACUGCAUGAAGGCACAAAAGGAAAAGAAGUCUGAGAAUGAGUGGAAUCAGACCUGGCAGGGUGAGGGGAGUGCCACUUAUACUGAGGAGCAGCUGCUUGGGGUACAAAGGAUCAAGAAAUGCAGAAAUUACUAUGAAAUUCUGGGAGUUUCUCGAGAUGCCAGUGAUGAAGAGCUUAAGAAAGCUUACCGAAAACUCGCCCUGAAAUUUCACCCUGACAAGAACUGUGCUCCUGGAGCAACAGAUGCUUUUAAAGCAAUAGGAAAUGCCUUCGCAGUCCUUAGCAAUCCUGACAAGAGACUCCGCUACGAUGAAUAUGGAGAUGAACAGGUGACUUUCACUGCCCCUCGAGCCAGACCUUAUAAUUAUUACAGGGACUUUGAAGCUGACAUCACUCCAGAAGAGCUAUUCAAUGUCUUCUUUGGAGGACAAUUUCCUACAGGAAAUAUUCAUAUGUUUUCAAACGUGACAGAUGAUACCCACUAUUACCGACGGCGGCACCGACAUGAGAGAAUGCAGACGCGGAAGGAGGAGGAGGAAGAUAAACCUCAGACUACAUAUUCUGCAUUUAUUCAGUUACUUCCAGUUCUUGUGAUUGUGAUUAUAUCUGUCAUUACUCAGCUGCUAGCUGCUAAUCCCCCAUACAGUCUAUUCUACAAAUCGACCUUGGGCUACACCAUUUCUAGAGAAACCCAGAACCUUCAGGUGCCUUACUUUGUGGAUAAAAACUUUGACAAGGUCUACAGGGGAGCAUCUCUGCGUGAGCUGGAGAAGACUAUAGAGAAGGAUUACAUUGAUUACAUCCAGACGAGUUGUUGGAAGGAGAAACAACAAAAAUCGGAGUUGACAAAUUUGGCAGGAUUGUACAGAGAUGAACGACUGAAAGAGAAAGCAGAGUCGCUGAAACUUGAAAACUGUGAAAAACUUUCCAAACUUAUUGGCCUGCGCAGAGGUGGCUGAGAGGAUGAUAGUUCUACACGGGGUUGGGGUUUUGCUACUGGUUACUAUUUAUGUUCCUAAUUCCAUUUUAUAAUACAAAAUUAGGAAAUGAUGAACAUUUUACAAUUCGCUAACUUUGUUUGGUGGGCUGAGUUGAAGGCGCUUGAGCAUGGAACCAGACUUGUCAUCACAGAAUUCUUCCUGGGGAUUGACUCCAGGGGCCAGGAACAGUUCAUCUCAGUUAAAUCAAUGGCAGCGCAUUGGAUUCAGCCCCUACCUCUGCUCCCUGCCCCCUGCUCCACACCUUCCCUGCCUCUAGGAAUGUAGUUCAGGACAUCCCAGAGCAAACUCAUCUAUUCUUCUUUCUUCCCUUCUUCACUAACCAGUCAUUCCUAGGCAUAGCCAAAGCAGCUUAAUAUUCAUUGUUUACAAAAGUACACCAAGAAUUACACCUCUCCCUUCAUGAGAGUCAUCAUCUCCCCCGGAUUAGCCUUUGGAACAUGUUCCUACUCCUGUUUCCAUUUUCUAAGGGGAAUGUGGAGAAAUGUAAACUGUUGUAGUCAGUAGUUACCUAAUCUCUCUUCAGAGUUUCUAGCAAAAUGCCUGAUUUGAGUUUCUUACUUCCUUAACUCUCUCUCUUUCUUACAGAGGGUCCAGAAAUUAAAACCUAUUGAGUGAAACAGUUCAAUGGAAGCAGGGACCAGGGGUGAAGGUAAAAUGCAACACUUAGUCUCAGCUUCUCAGUACAAGUUCCCUAGUCUGUCACAGAACCCAGAGAAUGUUCUUUCUGUCAUUUCCCUGUGCAGCCUCACAGGAACUGAUUCCCUACACCCCUCAGAGGUACAGUGGUCAGAGCUAAGAGAAGGUACUGCCAGCUAACUGGACUAUUUGCUCAAGCCUAGACAUAGAGGGGGAAGACCCUCUUUCCAUGACUAUGGAGUUCUGGUGUUGGCCCCAGCAGUCAUGUUGUCUAACCCAGUGCCCUGUAGUUUGUGACAGGAGAUGCUUUUUCAGAUAGUCAAACAUUUACUGAGUGCCUAGGAUGAAGCAAGGGCUCUCACAUGCAUUUGCUUACUUUAGCUUCCUCACAGCUCUGUGAAGUGGACAUGUUAGCCCUGUUUUUAUAAAUGAGAAUAUUGACCCAGAGAGGAUGAAUGGUUGACCUGGGUCACACAAGUGGUAAUGGCAGAGCUAGAUGGUAGUCUGAUUAUCAAGUAGAAAGUGUGAGAUCAUACCCAUUUCUCAGGUCAUUUUAGCCAGAUUGGUAAAGCAGAAUCUUUCCCAAGGAUGCCCAUCCCCCCCAACCCUGUGACCCUGUGACCCUGUAUCCUUCCUAUGGCAGUCCAUCAUCCAUUCAGGACACCUCUCGCCCUGGUCUUUAGGAAUCAAUACUCUCUCUGUACCAGUUUUAUAUACAAAACAAAAAGUCCCUCAAAGGCAGGCAGCCCUUCCCACAGGUGACAGGAAGAGGUAAGUUGCUGCCUGGGCCAUGUGUUUCUGGGCCUUCCUGCAGAGCCAAACUACCAGAUUGAGCUGCCUAGAUUAUCAUGAAUCUGAAGCUGGAAGAAUCAGUAGGUAACUGUAAUCUACACUCAUAUUUUCUUCAGGAUGUAAGAAAAAUUUCUGUUGGAAAGAGACUCUACAUGAACACUGAUUUCCAGAGGAGUUUCUCCUUUCGGAUGCACAGCCAUGAUGUGUCUAGCAUGGUUCAACAUGUGGGCAUUCCACAGGGUCAGGAGAUGCCUCCAGAGGUAAAGAGUGGGGCUUUAGUGGCUGGUAGGGGACAACUGCUCAUCUGGGAGCGGGGAGCAGCUCUGGAGAGAGCCAGAUUUUGCUGCCCAACUCUGUCUAACCUCCUGGGUUUCAGGGCUUUCUUGAUUCCCUCUGAGUGACAGAGGAAUUUACACAGUAAAAUGUGCCUGUGAGCUAAAUUAGCUUAUGGAAAGUUUUCCUGUGCACACAAAAGUCAAUGCUCUCCUCUUCUCGACCCCAACCCCUGCUAGAAAAUGGGCCAUAAUUAAACUGACUUGACAGAUGAAAAGACCCUGCUUCUAGAUGCCCAUGAAAAGUAUAGUCAUACAUUUUAUAGAUUUCAUGGCAGACAUUAGUUAUCUGUGAUGAUUCUAAAUAGAGGCAAUACUAACUCCAAUAAAUGUCAGGCCUAUUGCCUCUUUUUAUAGCACUGAUGGUACUGUUUAAUUUAUUACCUAAUAGACCACAACACUCACAUCUGGUUUUCCUCAAGGGAAUGGUAUUUGCAUUUGGUUGAAGGAUAGUUUAAUCUAUUUGGUACGGUCAAGAAUAUUGUUAAACUAUAAUUUCCUGGGUUAUAUUUUAGACAGUUGUCUGCAUGGUGGUAAAAAUUCUCUUGCCUACAUCCUUUGGAAGGUUUCCUAGUCAUAUAUAAGCUCUUUAGGUAAGGCUUAUUCUUGCUGUCAGAACUUGACAUGCAGCUCUAGACUGUGUCUAUGAGCAUUAGUACAGAUCGCAGAUGUGUGAUGAGAGGGGCUAAGAAACAGGGAUUGAGGCUCAAGCAAAAACUGAAGCUCUCAUCAUCUGAAGGAUAGUGCUCUUUGCACUGCAUGAUCAGCAGUGAGGAGGGGAGCAUGAAAAUCCUCACCACAGAGGACACUGCAGCUUGAAGGAAUCCGUGUCCCCAGAUUAGCAACCCUGGGGUUCAUCUGCUCAAACCAGAAAACGUCUGAACUUCCCUAUCAGCUCCAGGCCUCACAACUUGGAAGAAGUGACCAGUAAGAAAAUGAAAUUGUGCCCUGGCUGGUUUGGCUCAGCAGUAGAGCAUCAGCCUGCGGCCGGAGAGACCCGCGUUCGGUUCCCGCUAAGGGCACG